AGGCGGGCUGCUCGUCUGGUAGCUGUGAGGCGAGGUCUCUCCGCAGGAGGUGGUGGGGGUCUCCUUCCCGGCUGGUCUCCGCUGCGUCCGGAGCUCAGCCUCUUCUGGGCAGGGUGUAACUGCUGCUGAAGUAAAGAUUUAAAGGAGGUCUGAUGACAACGAAAGCGAACUUUCCUGUGACAGCAGGAUCUAUAGUUGUCCCUUAUGGGCAUGUGAUUGGAAAUGAGAAGUGGAGAGGGUCAGAGAUAGCCCAAAGGCUACAAGGGAAAAUUAGACUCAUCUUUGAAGAUGGCUUGGGACUUGUGGAUUUUCAUCUUUCAAACAGAACUUGCAUUUUAUAUAUUUCUGAAGCAGAUUUAGUUGCAGGGGAUGAAUUCAAACGAAGAUUGGUUCGGUUUAGAAAUGCCAGCAGUCUUGGGGGAAUUGUAGUUGUAGAGAAAACCCAAAUAAGUGAUCAGUACUUCUUAGCAGUACAAAAGCUUGUUGUGCUAGAACUUGGAAUGGUGUUGCUUCCUGUGGCAAAUCAAGGAGAAGCUUCUCAACUUAUUACUCAGCUAGUCCGUGAACAAAGUAAGGAUCACAGCAGUAACCCCUUUCGUCGUAAACAGUGUUCUCAGCUGGCAGAGCCAUCAGUGUUUCGAACGGUGCAACAAAUUCCAGGAGUUGGGAAAACAAAAGCUCUGCUUUUACUGCAACAGUUUGGAAGCAUCCACCAGCUUUGUAACGCAUCUGUCAAAGAGCUUGAGCUAAUAGUUGGACAAACGGUAGCGCAACAAAUUUACACUUUUUUAUGUUCCUGACAUGCAUGUGUAGUGUUGUUUUGGAAAACAAAGACAUUUUGUUUGUUUCUUGUGAAUUAUAAAAUUUUGUUUUUAAUAAUCACAUAUUAUGGUAAUUUUUAUAAUCCUGGUAACAACUGGGGGGUGUUGACUAACUGUCUAGGUAUUACUCAGCUGCUGCAUCUUUACAGCUGUUCUGCUCAUGUAGCUUGAGCUACGAAAAUUGCUUUGGAAAGAGGGCUGUAAAGUGUUUUGCAUCUAUCUUGCACAAAAAACUGAGAGAAAGCUGUCUUUUUCAGUAUCCACAGAAAAAAAUGUAAAAGCAAUUUGCUCACUUACUUUUGUCUUCCAGAAAUAAACACUUUGUUAAUA